AUGAGUGCAGCAGCGACAGAUGCCAUGUAUGGGGUUGGUGCUGCAGUUGGUGCAGCGACCUUGGCGGUCUCGAGCUUGUGGAACGUGAGCAAACGUGCCCGGGGCCACAUCACCGGUGUUGAGCAGCGAAAGGGUUUUUCUUCUGGCUUGGGCGGCGCUGUUGGUGGUGUCGGCGUUGGAGUCACAGCCACGGUGGCAACCCUUGCGCUCGCUUCGAAUCCUGUGGGAUGGGUUGUUGGGGCCAUUGGAAUCACUGCUGGUUUGGUUGGUGGUAUGGGUGGUAGCCUUCUUGGGGGCAUCAUCGAUGGCGCUAUCUUUGACGCCAGUGAGGAUCAGAUCAUGCACGCAUACGAGUUCUUCUUUGGCCAGCACCCUGGGCGUGGUCGGCGGCCAAGCUUGGACGCGGACGAGAUGGAGAGGGUUUACCAGAAGCGCAUCAACGAGAACUCCGGUGACUUUACUUGGGUCAAAGGCUGCAAUGCCUUGUUGCUCUGUCUAGUGAAUGCUUUUUUCCCCAACUUCCAGAAACUCAUACGCCAUGGCGAAGAGCUACGAGACAUGCCGAUUGCUUUGCGA